CAGAAUUAUUUCAGUUCAAGCACUGUAGUAGUUUCAACAUCUUUUAGUUCAGCUGUGAAGAUAAACAAUAAGCGAAGUGGUUUCCGUUCUUCUAGAAAAAAACCCGUUGAUUAUAAUCAUAUCUCAGCUCAGAAUUGAACCUAAGGGUCCUUCUGGAGUUUCGCCAUUUGUUGAGUCUCAAUCAUUUUCGAAUUUCUCCCUCUCAAUCUCAUGGCUGUUGUGUAAAUUUCGGUCCUUCUGCGUUGGUGUUUUUUAUUUGGUAAUGUUGUCCUGGGGUCGGCACACGAAGGGCCAACUCGGCCAAGGAGGCAUUGAGGAGGAACAUGUGAAGCUUCCCAGGUUUAUGAGGCAUUUGACUUGUGCAGCGAAUGCUAUAGAAGAUGUUGCUUGUGGCUAUGAUCACACAUUGGUAGCACUGAAAAGUGGUGUUGUGUUGGCAUUCGGCUCAAACGAGCAAGGUCAACUGGCUCAGACAUUUAGCAGAUCACGACCUGAGCAAGUCCACGUCCUUUCCAAGGUGCAUGUUAGCCGUGUGGCAUGUGGUGAAGGCCAUUCGGUUGCCGUGACGCACAGUGGUGACCCAGUGACGUGGGGCUCUAAUUCCCAUGGACAGCUGAGCCAGGAUAAAUGUGAGGAUAACUCUCGACGAAUUAACAUCCCGCUCAAUUUUGACGACAUCGAUGAAGAGGCACCCGCAAAAGAGGACUUACCAUCAUUGCCAAUUGGCACGACAUUCCUGAAGCACUGCUAUGUCGUCUGCCAAGUGGCAUGCGGUGCAUCACACAAUGUGGCUUUGACCAUCAUGAGUGAUGUUCUUUGCUGGGGCUCCAAUGAACGUGGUCAGUGUGGCUUACCUCGGAACCAAAGACUGGUGCGCAAACCUACUGAAGUUCCGGAGACACCAGGCAGUCCUAUUGUAUCUGUUGCAGCUGGUGGCUCACAUAGCUUUGCCCUGUCUGCGUAUGAGCAUGUGUAUGGCUGGGGUUGCAAUACGUUUGGACAACUAGGACUGGGCCAUACAACCGAUCAGUUUGAAGCUGUGGAAGUGGAGUGCCUGCAUAGUCUCAAGGUCAAGUACAUUGCGUGUGGCGAGGACCAUACUGCCGUCAUUACACAGACUGGUGGCUUGCUCACAUUUGGUUCAGGCAGCUAUGGUCAGCUUGGUCAUGGCGAUUCACGUCAUGAGAAUACACCAAAAUUGGUGUUUGAGUUGUCUGGCAGUGAAGUAACUCAGGUCGCAUGUGGCAGGCGUCACACGCUAGCACUGGUUGCGGUGACUGGCAAGCUCUACGCUUUCGGCCAGAACGGCUGUGGUCAGCUGGGCACUGGUGACUAUGCUACACAGAAUCUGCCCACUCUAGUGGCUGGACAGGACUGGCGAGCAUACUCAACUGACGCAGACAUGGGUGCACAAGCACCAGGAUCAUCGACUCCUCCAAGAGCCAUGAUCAGCCUUAUUGCUGCUGGAGGCGAUCAGAGUUUCGCUGUCGUCAAUACCGACUCUCCACCGCUUGACUUCAGGGUGAUCAUGCACCAGGACCGACUUGCCAUCAACAGUGAACUCGGCUGCACUCGUCCGAUUUUCCUUUCUGGGAAGCUUCUGCGACGGCUCGUUGAGUACUACCCGGAUGACACAAGUACUGAACGCCUCAACCCUGUCAUUCGCAAGUUGUUUGAGCACAUCUUUUCCACUCCGGCCACCAUGGCAAUGUGCUUUGGAAGUUCACCUGGCAGUGAGAAGGUGCUGGACUAUGUUGACAUGCUGGAUACUGUCGAGUUCAUCAAUGACCAUGAUACGCAGCUACUCACCCUGCUGAUGCCGCUAUACAUUCAGACUUUCCUACCACUGAGGCUUGUUCAGUGGCAUCCGCCCACCGUAGAAUCAUGCCGCUUCUUCAUGUUUCUCCUGGCGUUGCCUAUUUAUGAUGAGGACGUCUUCACGCCGAACUUUAUCGAGGAGUUCUUCUUGAAGUUCUGCCAUUGUUUCUCACGGACGAAUCUGAUUCAACGCCAGGCAAUGGCAUCAUGGUUCAAUGCUGACCUGGACCACUUUAGAAAGGCAGUCGAGUUGUGUCGGAGAUGUGCUCGUGAGGCUUUGGCACUUGCCUUCAGCCAAGUGAUUCAAUUUCACCUGCUGAAGUCAGUCCUGAUUCUCAUGGACUUCUUGUACCAGGUCAAUGUCCUCUGGUUUGAAAGUCUGCCCGUUGAAGCGUUCUACAUUGGCGAGCUGACGAAGAGAGUGCAUCUUGAGAAUCAUUACGUUGAUUGGGAAAGCAAGCACGACUCAUUUCCAAUCUGCUUCAUGAGCUUCCCGUGUGUGCUGGAUGUCGAUGCCAAGUCUAAAAUUCUUGAACUUGACAACAACAACUUUAGGAAGUCAAAUCAGAUGAGAGCGCAGAUCAGCACCAUGUUUGUAGGCCAGCCGGAGUUGCCAUGUCUGCUUGUCUCCGUGCGUCGUAACAGCAUCGUCAAUGAUGCGAUCCAACAGCUUACCAGAGCCAAUUUCCUGGGCCAGCUGAAACUGUAUGAUCUGAGAAAGCCACUGAAGGUGGAGUUCAUGAAUGAGGAGGGCAUUGAUGAUGGCGGUGUGAAGAAAGAAUUCUUCAUCUUGCUAUUCCGUGACUUGCUGGACGAGCAGUAUGGCAUGUUUACAGUCAGGCCAGACUCCAACACUCGCUAUUUCUCACUCUGGGCCGACUGCCAAGAUGAUCUGGAUAACUUCAACUUGGUUGGCAUGAUGUGCGGACUGGCAAUCUACAACAAUGUGAUCAUUGAUGUGCCCUUCCCAAUGGUACUCUAUCACAAACUCAUGACCACGUACAAAAACUCCGCUGCUUACCAAGAGGCACGAUCCCGCUCCAAAGCAGGUCCGAAACAAAUUGAGCUGUCAAGAACUACGGAAAUCGCAUGUUAUACCCAGAGUGCAGAUUUCCGUAUGUUUGCCAGCCUGGAGCCACAAGUAGCCAGGCGCUUUCGCAAUAUGCUAUCAUCGUCAGAUGAUGUGUCUGAGCUCGAGAUCUUUUUUGAGAAAACAGAAAUACAAUUCGACAUGCCCAAGGUCUUUGAGUUGAAGCCAGGCGGGUCCGGUAUCCGCGUUGACAAUGAAAACCGAGAGGAGUAUGUACGUCUCUAUGUUGAAUAUGUUCUGCACGAGUCCAUCAAGAAGCAGUACGAAAGUUUCGCUAAAGGUUUCUUUGCCGUGUGUGAAAGCAGAACUUUGAGCUUGAUGCAUCCUACUGAGCUGCAAGCUCUUGUAACUGGCGACCAAGUGCAAGACUUCAGUCGACUGCCCGAGGUGACACAGUAUCAGGGCGGAUUUUGUGCCAACCAUCCAACCGUUAAGAUGUUUUGGGAAGUUUUCCUCGCCUUUGACGUUGCCACACAGCAGAAGUUCCUUCAGUUCCUGACGGGAAGUGACCGUGUUCCUGUUGGUGGGCUGAGCACACUGCGGGUGGUGAUACAGUCUAACAACUCGGGUCAGGAUUAUCUGCCAGUCGCACAUACCUGCUUCAAUGUCCUCGAUCUGCCUAUCUACAAGUCCAAGCAAGUACUUGAGAGUAAGCUGAUACAAGCCAUGACACUUGCUGAAGGUUUUCAUCUCGUUUAACCAUAGGUGGUGCCUGUGGUAGGUUAGCACUGCGGACUAGCACCCAAUGACCUGUUAUCGCUGCUGCUGCCACCGCUGACGCCGCUGCUGUUGCUGCUGGUGUUACUAUUCUCAUUCUCUCUCUCUCUCUCUCUCUCUCUCUCUCUCUCUCUCUCUCUCUCUCUCUCUCUCUCUCUCUCUCUCUCUCUCUCUCGUUAUUUCUCCCUCUCUUUGCUGGCUUGUUUUUUUGCACAUCAUGGUUUUUGGAAGAUUAUGUUGCUAUUUCCAACACUCUGGUCAUAUAUCUAUCAUGAAACCUAUGCACACUAUGCACACUCUGACCAUGAAAUGAUGGCCCGGGUGCUGGUUUAGAGCAGUAUCAUGUAUGUUUUCUUUUGGAUCUCUUUGAACACCUCGCAGUGCAGUGGGUCCCACAUUCUAUAAGUUGUGUAGUUUACAACCUACUAGUAUCUCAAUUUUUAUGAAUUUUUAUUCAAGUGCUGCUCACCACCCUGGCCAUCAGUGACUCUUUUUACUCCGGCUCCGUGUUUGUUGAUCAGACAUGGAUUUUUAGAUUUCUUAUUACAUCAGUGUGAGCACCUCUUGACUAUUGCGAUCAUUGUGACAUGGUGUGCUCUCCUGCUCUCUAUCACUAGCAAGUCCCUCGUAAUCCUUUCCGACUGUGCCACGACAAAAGAGCAUAAGACCCACACAUGUUUGUCGCCUUUUUUUGUUACUGGCCUGUCCUUGUAGUGUGUUAACGUGUAUUUUCAAUUUAUUCUUCCUUUCGCCUUCUUGUUGUUCUUGUAACAAUGGUCCAUGCUUGCACAAAGCCUCUCCUCACCAUUGCGAUUCUUCAUUUUCCUUCCUACCAUCCCCCUCCCUCUACACACAGAGCCUAGUUUUGCUUUCUAUUUUUUAGCCACCUAGCGCCUGCUUUACUCAUUGUGUCAUGUUUGAUCCUGCCUUUUACUAUUACCGAUAUCUUUACAUUUUUGAAGAAAAAUUGCCUGCGUCCAACUGCGCCGUCUCACCUA